CUUACGGAGAAGACCAUAAACCCAGUCAUUCUGAAGCAGCGGAGCUUCCAAGGUCUGACUCCCCUCGAUCUCAUCGAUCUCUAAACUUCUUUUUCUCUCUAAAAAUCCCUCUCACUGUAAACCCACUUCAUCUUCCCCCUCAAAUCUCUCUAAAUUUCCCAGUUUUUAAGGGAUUUAGUCCGAGAAUGGACUCUAUGAUUGUAAGCAAGCAUGCGUGCUUGGCUCCGGGGUUAUUCAUAGGACCAACCAGAGGAAUCAGGAGUUCACAAUGCAGCUUCCUGGCUGGAAAAUUUCCAAAUUUUCAGAAGAUGACCUUUCCAAAGCAGAGAGCUAUAUGUAUGGUACGAAAAUCUAAGAACGGCGGCGGAGCUUUGAAUACAACUUGUGGAGAUGAGAAGAUUCUGAUAGCAAACCGAGGCGAGAUCGCUGUGCGAGUUAUUAGAACUGCACACGAGAUGGGGAUACCUUGUGUUGCCGUUUACUCCACAAUAGAUCAGGAUGCUCUUCAUGUGAGGCUUGCAGAUGAGGCGGUGUGCAUCGGUGAAGCACCAAGCAGUCAAUCGUACUUGUUUAUUCCAAAUGUAUUAUCUGCUGCCGUUAGCCGUGGGUGCACUAUGUUGCACCCUGGGUAUGGUUUCCUUGCUGAGAAUGCUGGUUUUGUAGACAUAUGCAGAGAGCAUGGUAUCAACUUCAUUGGACCUAAUCCGGACAGCAUCAGGGUUAUGGGUGAUAAAUCUACUGCUAGGGAAACAAUGAAGAAAGCAGGUGUUCCAACUGUACCUGGAAGUGAUGGACUAUUGCAGAGCACAGAAGAGGCUACCAGGUUAGCAGAUGAAAUUGGUUAUCCUGUGAUGAUAAAGGCAACUGCCGGAGGUGGAGGGCGUGGAAUGCGACUCGCUAAGGAACCUGGGGAGUUUGUAAAACUGCUUCAGCAAGCUAAGAGUGAGGCUGCAGCUGCAUUUGGAAAUGAUGGGGUUUAUUUGGAAAAGUACAUCCAGAAUCCAAGGCAUAUUGAGUUCCAGGUUCUUGCUGAUAAGUAUGGAAAUGUUGUCCAUUUUGGGGAGCGUGAUUGCAGUAUCCAGAGAAGAAACCAAAAACUUCUUGAGGAAGCUCCAUCUCCUGCUUUAACCCCAGAAUUGCGUAAAGCAAUGGGUGAUGCAGCGGUAGCAGCUGCAGCAUCUAUAGGUUAUAUUGGUGUUGGCACCGUGGAAUUUCUAUUAGACGAAAGAGGUUCAUUCUACUUCAUGGAAAUGAACACCAGGAUCCAGGUUGAGCACCCUGUUACUGAAAUGAUUUCUUCAACUGAUUUGAUUGAAGAGCAAAUCCGUGUUGCUCUUGGAGAGAGAUUAACAUACAAGCAGGAGGAUAUUGUUCUUAGGGGGCAUUCGAUUGAGUGCCGUAUAAAUGCAGAGGAUGCCUUUAAAGGGUUCCGGCCAGGGCCAGGGAGGAUCACUGCAUAUUUGCCUUCAGGAGGUCCAUUUGUAAGAAUGGACAGUCAUAUUUAUCCAGAUUAUGUUGUUCCCCCGAGCUAUGACUCCCUAUUAGGAAAGCUUAUUGUGUGGGCUCCAACUAGGGAGAAGGCCAUCGAACGAAUGAAAAGAGCUCUUGAUGACACUGUUAUUACAGGAAUCCCUACAACAAUUGAUUACCAUAAACUAAUCCUUGAUAUCGAGGACUUUAGAGAUGGAAAGGUUGAUACUGCAUUCAUACCUAAGCAUGAGAAUGAAUUGGCUGCUGUGACUCCACAAAAAAUAGUGGUAGCCACACCGGAGAAAGUGUUAGCUUAGGUGACAGUCUUUAUUGCUCAAAUCUUUGAGGCUAAUGAGAGUAACCACGACGAUGGACAAUUUCCCCUAUUUGGUUUUCACCUUUAAAUUGUUCAAGAAAGUCUUUGAAAUAGUUGUAAUAUGUUUCAUGGUCAAGUCAUUUGAACCCUCUUCUUUUUUAUCAGAUUACACUGCAAUUUUGUGAACCCUUUUUUCUUUUUUUUUUGGUAAGAUCAUUGAAAGAAAUAUGAUGUUUCUGUGUAUUGGUUGGUCCAAAUUUGGGUUUAAUACAAUAAUAUGUUGAUGUAAAUAUCUUGGGUGAUA